AUGACUCAAGCCCGGGUCAGCGGCAUCGUGCACAAGGCCUUCUCUGACCUCCUCGCAGUGGCACAUCUGGCACCCUGUGGAGUUCGGAAGUGGGAAGCGUGGCAUCGCAAUGGCAUAGAAGUCCAUUUGAAGAUGUCACGAAAAGCGCUUGACGUCGCGGAGUUGUCGCGAGACGGAACAUGGGUUGAAGGAUCUUCCUUGGUCACAUCUGGCGCCGGCCACCUGGUGGAAGUUUGGAGCUUUUCCCAGAUCUGGCGGCUCACGCCAAAGACGGCUGUGGGAAGACGUUGGAUGGGCAUGCCGGAGCUGCAAAAGGAGCACGGCGACUUGAUGAGAACGUUGACAAACAACUGUACUUGA